AUGGAUGUCGCUAUAAACGACCCUCGCGUGCGCGGUGCUCCACCAAAAGCUCCGCAGAGACCUGUGGACGCACGAGACCCGGACCCCCCGUGCACGCGCGUUCUGGACUCUUUCCCGGACCCCCCGUGCACGCGCGUUUUAGACUCUUUCCCGGACCCCGUUCCGGACCACCUGUGCACGCGCGUUCUGGACUCUGUCCCGGACUCUGAGCCGGACCCCCCUCCCCUGCACACGCGCACCAUGGACUCGGUGCUGGACCCUCUGUCCUCUCCUCCGUAUUUCGACGACGACGACUUCUUCACGGACCAGUCCUCGCGGGACCUGGACCCGGAGGACUUCCUGGACCCGGAUGUGGACUUCCUGGCCUCCCAGCUGCAGGACUACUACGGCCGGGGCUCGUGCGCGGGCUCGUGCGCGGCCCCGGACGGGGACUACGACCUGUCCUUCUCCUCGUGCUCGUCCAGCCUCUCGUGCGCGGACAGCGGCCCGGAGCUGUCCCCGCGCGCGCGCUCCCGCGGCGCGCCGCUGCUCCGGCGCCGGCGGCGCAUGCGCUCUGAGUCGGAGAUGCAGCAGCUGAGGCAGGCGGCCAACGUGCGCGAGCGCAGGCGCAUGCAGUCCAUCAACGACGCCUUCGAGGGGCUGCGCGCGCACAUCCCCACGCUGCCCUACGAGAAGCGGCUGUCCAAGGUGGACACGCUGCGAUUGGCCAUUGGCUACAUCAACUUCCUGGCCGAGCUCGUGCAGUCCGACCUGCCAAUCAAGAGCCCGCACAGCGAGACGCACGCGCAGCCCCGCAAGAUCAUCAUCUGCCACCGGGGAACCCGGUCCCCCUCCCCCAGCGACCCGGACUACGGCCUGCCCCCCCUGGCCGGACACUCCCUGUCCUGUCAGUUUUUUUUUACUUUCCUGUUGUUUGAAACUGGAGAAAAAAGCUCGAUGUCAGAAAGAAGUGUGGAACGAUAG